GUUUUCUAAUUUUGAAAUGUCAAAAUAAUUGUAUUUGCAGAGACAGAAAAUGUUCCUAAAAACCGAAUUUUAAGCAGUAAAUGGAUCUAAACGUUGUUUAGCAAAUAAUACUAUUCUAUUAUUUGAAAAAUAAAAUAUGACGGAGUGCGAAAAAGAGGAAGCUACAAAUUUGCAAAAAGAAUUCGAAUGGGUAUUAAAUCAAGAAGUUCAUAAAGGUCUCGACCAGAUCCAUCAGAUACUAGUGGAGUGCGCUAGAAGGUUUCCAGUUGCUUUAUAUGGACAUGAUAAUUCUGCAAAACAAGAUAAAUUCGUUUUAUCAGUACCAGCUGAUCAGUUGAAAUGUGUUGUCACAUUAACAGGAGAUAGUAUUACACAUGCAGAUAUCAAUUUUAAAGUUGUGAGACAGACGACAGUCACAAAUGUACGUACGACAAUUCAAAGUGAGUAUCCUUGGAAAUUACAGCAGGUACAAGAUGCAGCAAAUCAUUUGCAGCAAGCCAUAUACCACAUUGACGAUGUUGGCAAACAUUACAAAUUCAAGUCAUCUGAUGAGGUCCUUCACGUAUUAGGAAAUAUUUUGGGUAGCUUACAGAGGGGCAGAACUAGUUUAAUAGUACCUAGGAAGAAAACAAUUUAUGAUUUACUUAAAAGUCGCAAUAUGAAAUCUCUUUCGCCUCCUUUAGCUGAAGACCUAGCAAUAAGUUUCUAUAUACAGAGUCAUAAAUUGGUAUUUGUUAUGUACCAUUUGAUGAAUAAUCAAGGAGUUAUGACACCAGAUCCUACACCAGCAGAGUGUUCGGUACCUUGGUUGAAUGAGGUAUUAGUAUUAUUUACAGUCGGAUUGCAGCUAUGCCAGCAACUGAAAGAUAAGAUCUGUGUUUUCUCUCAAUACAAAGAUUUCACCGUCGGUUCUAGAUCUAGUAGUCCUUUUCCAAGUUAAAUUGGAAAUAAAGUAUUCGAAUAAAAACCGAGAAGUUUGCAUAUAUAAUAAAAUAAUAUUUUCAAAAUAAUAACUAAAUGCAUAUGUUGAGCUCUCGGAUAGUAAUUUAAAUUACUGAUAUUGUCAAUUUGUUGUUGGUUUGACAUAUGUAUAUAUUGUAGGUAUUAAUAAACGUAUAUACUGUUGAA